UUUGAAUUGGACUCGGGGGUUUUCUGCAGCCGGCGGGGCAGAGCGGCGGCCGCGGCCUCGGCGAGCGCGAACAGCAGCGGCCCCGCGACCCACCCAGCCAGACGGGAUCCCGGGCCGCCGACGGCCUCUCGCGCUUUGGUACAGCUCGCUUCCCCCGCCGCGGGUCAGCAGCCCCGAGCCCCACCGCGGUCCCCGCGGACCUAGCGCCGCGCCCCGGCCCCGCCGCGCCAGCAUGUCCUCGACGGAGAGCUCCAGUCGCACGACGGACAAGUCGCCGCGCCAGCAGGUGGACCGCCUGCUCGUGGGGCUGCGCUGGAGGCGGCUGGAGGAGCCGCUGGGCUUCAUCAAAGUUCUCCAGUGGCUCUUUGCUAUUUUCGCCUUCGGGUCCUGCGGCUCCUACAGUGGGGAAACAGGAGCAACGGUUCGCUGCAACAACGAAGCCAAGGACGUGAGCACCAUCAUUGUUUCGUUCGGCUAUCCCUUCAGGUUGAACCGGGUCCAGUAUGAGAUGCCCCUCUGCGACGAUGAAUCCACCACCAAGACCAUGCAUCUCAUGGGGGACUUCUCUGCCCCCGCCGAGUUCUUCGUGACCCUGGGCAUCUUUUCCUUCUUCUACACCAUAGCUGCACUCGUCCUCUACCUGCGUUUCCACAACAUCUACACGGAGAACAGGCGCUUUCCCCUGGUGGACUUCUGUGUGACUGUCUCCUUCACCUUUUUCUGGCUGGUAGCUGCAGCUGCCUGGGGCAAGGGCCUGACUGACGUCAAGGGGGCCACACGACCAUCCAGCCUGACAGCAGCCAUGUCUGUGUGCCAUGGAGAGGAGGCGGUGUGCAGUGCCGGGGCCACGCCCUCCAUGGGACUGGCCAACAUCUCCGUGCUCUUUGGCUUUAUCAGCUUCUUCCUGUGGGCCGGGAACUGUUGGUUUGUGUUCAAGGAGACCCCGUGGCAUGGGCAGGGCCAGGACCAGGGCCAGGGCGCCGGCCAGGAGAGCGCAGCUGAGCAGGGAGCGGUGGAGAAGCAGUAAGCGGCCCCCACCCGGCUACUCCCGAACAGGACAGCGCCUCUUCAACCGCCUCUGGCUUCCAGGACCUCCCUCUUCUUCCUCCCCCAACUCCCCUCCCCCAUUAUUCUGGGCUCUGAGCUUUGAGACGUCUUCACUGGAUAGGCAGGCAUCAGCUGUCAGAAACCUGGGCAGCCCUCCCAGUGGCUUCCUAUCCCUCCUCUUGCUGGAGCCCCGGAUGGCAGGAGCUCAGUGCUUCUUAUCUACUGCCUGGACCCAGACAUCUUACUUGGGGUCUUACAUGUACCCUCACAGCCUUUGAGAACCAGCCUCUGCUACAGGCAAAGGUUGGGGUCAGGAGACCUGAGACUGGUUCCUAGCUGCCACUUCUAUCAGCCUGUACAGCGUCAAUAAAAGUGGGGGGAGGGGAAAUUGGCUGGCAGCCUUCUCCCUGCCCCCUUGCAUGGAGGGCCCACCAGUGGUUUAGUGACCCCUCUUCAAUGGCUGUCAUCAAGGCCCCGUGUCUGCGCUGACCUCCAAUCAGCCUGAGCUCAGUAUGCUCCCCACCCUCUCCUCUGGCCUCUGUUUGCCCACAGAGCCCAUCAUGUGGGAACCCAGGAGGCUGACUAGCCUAGAAAACAGCCUUUCAGAGGGUCCCAAGUAGGCUGAGACUUGGUGGGGAGCAGAUAAAUUGCAACUGAGUUGCAACUUCAAGAAACAGAAGCCAGGAAACUUGCUGGGGAAUCAGUUUUU